AUGCAAUUCCCCAUGCAGUGCCCUGUGCAAUUCCCCAUACAAUUCCCGCUGCAACGCCCCGUUCCGAGCCCCGUCUCCACUUCUCCUCAGCACUUUCCCUCCCGUCCCAUCUCUCUUUCCACCCCCCUUCCUCUUCACCCAUCAAGCCCCACAUCCCCUUCCAUCUCCCUUGGAAAAGAGUCACAGCCCCCCUGGCCAAUCCAGCCCUUCCCACCCCCGAGAAGGAGCAGAGGAGCCUUCCUCCCCCGACCCCCGCCUCCUCCCCAGCCUCCCAUGGCUCUCCCUCCUCCCCCAGCCCCUUGUCGUCACUGUCACCGCUUGGAGCAGGAGCUCAGUCCCGGCCGGAGCCUCCAGCGGCUCAACAUCCCACCCCGGCACAGCGGAGGGACCGGGGAGGCUUUUGGGGACCCCCUCCUUCCUGUGCCUGCACCAGCCACCUGCCUGCAGGACCACCCUGGCAGCCACGCAGAGGAGCGGCUCUUCAAGCACCUCUUCACCGGCUACAACCGCUGGUCGCGGCCCGUGCCCAACACCUCCGACGUGGUCAUCGUCAGGUUCGGGCUCUCCAUUGCGCAGCUGAUCGACGUGGAUGAGAAGAACCAGAUGAUGACCACCAACGUCUGGCUGAAGCAGGAGUGGAGUGACUACAAGCUGCGCUGGGACCCGGCAGAGUUUGACAAUGUCACCUCCAUCCGGGUGCCCUCUGAGAUGAUUUGGAUCCCUGACCUUGUGCUCUACAACAAUGCUGAUGGGGAGUUUGCUGUGACCCACAUGACAAAGGCCCACCUUUUCUCCAAUGGGAAGGUGAAGUGGGUGCCACCCGCCAUCUACAAGAGCUCAUGCAGCAUCGACGUCACCUUCUUCCCAUUCGACCAGCAGAACUGCAAGAUGAAGUUUGGGUCCUGGACCUAUGACAAAGCUAAGAUCGACCUGGAGAACAUGGAGCACCAUGUGGACCUCAAGGAUUACUGGGAGAGUGGUGAGUGGGCCAUCAUAAAUGCCAUUGGCACCUAUAACUCCAAGAAGUAUGACUGCUGCUCCGAGAUCUACCCUGACAUCACCUUCUACUUCGUCAUCCGUCGCCUCCCACUCUUCUACACCAUCAAUCUCAUCAUACCUUGCCUGCUUAUCUCCUGCCUGACUGUACUGGUCUUCUACUUGCCCUCUGACUGUGGGGAGAAGAUCACCCUCUGCAUCUCCGUCCUGCUGUCUCUCACUGUCUUCCUGUUGCUCAUCACGGAAAUCAUCCCGUCCACCUCACUGGUCAUCCCUCUCAUCGGGGAGUAUCUCCUCUUCACCAUGAUCUUCGUCACGCUCUCCAUCAUCAUCACCGUGUUUGUCCUCAACGUCCACCACCGCUCCCCCAGCACCCACACCAUGCCCUGCUGGGUUCGGAGCUUCUUCCUCAACUUCAUCCCUCGUUGGCUCUUCAUGAAGCGACCUCCACCUCUGCCCCUCCCUGAGGGGACUGCGGGGCAGUACGACCUCCCAGGGACAAGACUCAGCACCUCCCGGUGUUGGCUGGAGACUGACGUGGAUGACAAGUGGGAGGAGGAGGAAGAGGAGGAAGAAGAAGAGGACGAGGCAGAGGAGGAGAAGACAUACCCCGACCGCACGUCACAGGCAGACUCCCAGGGCACCCAGUGCCAAUAUGGCUGUGGGCGACAAGCCGGGAAGAUGUCAGAGGCCUCAGCCCCCCAGGUGCCCCCCAAGGGGGAGGAGGAGGAAGUGGGCUUGGAGCUGAUGUUGUCCCCCAGCAUCCUGAAGGCCCUGGAAGGGGUGCAGUACAUCGCAGACCACCUGCGAGCUGAGGAUGCUGACUUCUCGGUGAAGGAGGACUGGAAGUACGUGGCCAUGGUGAUAGACCGCAUCUUCCUCUGGAUGUUCAUCAUUGUCUGCUUGCUGGGCACCGUGGGGCUCUUCCUCCCACCCUAUCUAGCAGGGAUGAUCUAGGGGCCAGGCUGGGCUGUGGUGGGGAUGGCAGGAGAUACACGUUCCCUCCUCCUGGGGAGUGGCCCACAUCCAGCUGGACCCUUGCUGCUCCUUAGGAGGACAUGGUGGCAACCAUGGAAGACCCUCAGAUAGGAAAUGCAAGAUGAAACCAAGGCUGUGCUGAGGAGGGGUGACCUGGGGAGGGAGAGCUGCCUGCCAUCCUGCCCGGGGCAGUCACAGCCGUUGAGGA